CCCCUCUUCACUGAUAGGAGCCAGAGUAGACAGGCCAUUUCUCCGCCAUGUGGGCCGAGAUGCGGCUGCUCCUGCUCGUGCUCGCGCUGCUGGCUGCUGCGCCCGGGUUCUCGGCCCCCAGGGCGAGGCGGCAAAGUGACACCUGGGGCCCCUGGGGCAACUGGAGCCCCUGCAGCCGGACCUGCGGAGGAGGCAUCAGCUUCCGGGAGCGCCCCUGCUACUCCCAGAGGAGAGAUGGAGGCUUCAGCUGCGUGGGCCCCGCCCGGAGUCACCGCUCUUGUCACACACAGAGCUGCCCCGCCGGCGGUCCGGACUUCCGCGCCCAGCAGUGCGCUGAGUUCGACGGCCAGGACUUCCAGGGGCGGCGCUACAAGUGGCUGCCCUACUACGGAGCCCCAAACAAAUGUGAACUGAACUGCAUUCCCAAGGGAGAGAGCUUCUACUACAAACAUAGGGAGGCUGUUGUAGAUGGGACACCCUGUGAGCCUGGCAAACGGGACAUCUGUGUGGAUGGCAGCUGCCGGGCUGUCGGCUGCGACCACGAACUUGACUCUUCCAAGCAGGAGGACAAGUGUCUGCAGUGUGGGGGCGAUGGCACAGCCUGCCACCCUGUCACAGGCACCUUUGAUGCCAACGACCUCAGCAGAGGCUACAACCAGAUCCUUGUAGUUCCUGUGGGGGCCACCAGCAUCCUCAUCGAGGAGGCAGCUGCCAGCAGGAAUUUCCUGGCGGUGAAGAAUGCCCGCGGUGAAUACUACCUCAACGGGCACUGGACCAUCGAGGGCGCCCGGGCCCUGCCUGCAGCCAGCACUGUCCUGCACUAUGAGCGGGGUGCAGAGGGGGACCUGGCGCCUGAGCGGCUCCAUGCGCGCGGUCCCACGUCAGAGCCACUGGUCAUCGAGCUCAUCAGCCAGGAGCCCAAUCCUGGCGUGCACUACGAGUUCCACCUGCCCCAGAGCGAAGCCCGGCCUGGCUUCAGCUGGAGCCACGGGUCAUGGAGCACCUGCAGCGUGGACUGUGCCGGAGGUCACCAGUCCCGCCAGGUGUUCUGUACCACCGACAACGAGGUCUACCCCGACCGCAUGUGCCAGCACCAGCCACGGCCGGCCGACCGCCGCCCUUGCAACCCUCACCCGUGCCCACAGACCAAGCAGACCUCUUACCUGCACCGGCCCAGAGUGUGGCGCCUUGCUGGGGCCCAGCCUGUAUGUGGGAGCAGCUGGAAGACGGGUCCCUGGGCGCCCUGCUCGGCCUCCUGUGGAGGCGGCUCCCAGUCCCGCUCAGUCUACUGCAUCUCAACCAAUGGGGCCAGCAUCCAGGAGGCCACUGAGGAGGCCGAGUGUGCAGACCUGCCUGGGAAGCCCCCCACCAUGCAGGCUUGCAACCUGCAGCGCUGUGCAGCCUGGAGCGCAGAGCCCUGGGGAGAGUGCUCCGUCAGCUGCGGUGUUGGCGUCCGGAGGCGGAGUGUCACAUGCCGGAGUGACCAGGGGGCUCUGCUCCAUGCCACAGCAUGCUCCUUGGAGGACCCACCCCUCCUAACUGAGCCCUGUUUGCAUGAUGCCUGUGCCCCCAUCAGUGACCAGGCAUGGCAUGUCGGCGCCUGGGGUCUAUGCUCCAGGAGCUGCAACUCAGGCACUCGGAGGCGCCAGGUCGUCUGUGCCACUGCGCUGCCCAGCCGCUGCGGGAGCCUGCAGCUGUCAAAGCCUGUGGAUGUGGAGCGCUGUAACACACAGCCCUGCCACCUCCCUCCAGAAGUCCCCAGCAUGCAGGCCAUGCACACUAGCUCCAGGGUCCCCUGGACGUCUUUGGGCUCUCAGGAGACCCCUGCCUCAGGUGAGGAGCUUAUGGGUCCAGAAACCAAUGGUGGGCACCCCAGAAGCAGCCCUCAGCCCAGGGUAACCUCCGAGGAGACCAGGGCCCCCACCCACCAGUCCCAGGCCCAGGCCCCUCCCUGCAGCAGUCCCCACACCGGCAGCCCCUGCAGGCUGGCUCCAUGCCCUGGGACUGCAGACACAGCCCCCAUGGGUGUUGCCCUGAUGGCCACACUGUAUCUCUUGGGCCACAGUGGCAAGGGUGUCCUGGCGCCUCAUGUCAGCAGAGCAGGUAUGGAUGCUGCCCUGAUGGGGUGUCUGUGGCUGACGGGCCCCAGCAAGCUGGCUGUGCAAGGUCUUACGAUGGUGAUACCACAGGGAGCAGGACAGGGCCCAGAGCAGCGGCUUCCACAGCAGCCUGGAGUCCCCACCAAGAACCAGACCUCUUCCCAACUUCACAACUCUGGGCUUCCUCCCCAGAUCCCUCAGGCCCGGCAGAAUGAGUCCAGUGGGUGUCGGGACUCCCAGUUUGGCUGUUGCUAUGACAAUGUGGCCUCAGCAGCUGGCCCACAUGGGGAAGGCUGUGGAGGCCAGCCCAGCUACGCAUACCCUGUGCAGUGCCUGCUGCCCAGUGCCCAUGGCUCCUGCACAGACUGGGCUGCCCACUGGUACUUCGUCGCCUCUGUGGGCCAGUGUAACCGCUUCUGGUAUGGUGGCUGCCAUGGCAAUGCCAAUAACUUCGCCUCGGAGGAGGAGUGCAUGAGUAGCUGCCGUGGGCCUCAACAUGGGCCGCGCCGACCCGGGCCUGGAGCCUCUGGCCAGAGCACCCACGGAGAUGGUGGUAGCAGCAGUCCUGGAGGCCAGCAGGAGGCCAGCCGGCACGGGACAGGGGCCACAGUCCAGAGACAGCCCCUUCCUUCUGAUGGCCUCCGGUGGCGAGACCAAGAGCCUGGGCCAGGGGAGGCAUACCACGCCCAGGUCUUUGGAGAACAGCCCCAGGCCCGGGAGCUUGGGCCCAGUGCCCCUCGACUGGGUGGAGACCCCCAGGAGCCAGCACCACCCUCCCACAGCCCCUCCCACAGGACUAGCUCGGCAGGCGUGGAGCCUGCUCUGGUGCAGGCAGCCCUGGGGCAGUUGGCGCGGCUAUUCUGCCCAGAUGACGCCUCCCUGGACCCCCACGCCAGGUGGCAGAAAGAUGGACAGCCUGUGUCCUCUGACAGGCACAAGCUGCAGCCCGAUGGCUCCCUGGUCAUCAGUCCCCUGCGGGCCGAGGAUGCUGGCACCUACAGCUGCGGCGGCACCAGGCCAGGCCGGGACUCUCAGAAGAUCCGGCUUCAGAUCUCAGGAGGUGACACGGCUGUGCUGGCUGAGAUUGAGCCAAGGUACUUCCCUCAGCCCGGGGCCCCAUCUCGAGACUCCAGCCUCGGGGGGGAUGCUGGGGGCCCGGGGGCCAUCUCCUCCUCAAACCCACGGCCCACGGUCAGGCUGCGUCUGGACCGGAACCAGCCUGGGGUGGUGGAUGCCCAUCCGGGCCAGCGCAUCCGGUUGGUCUGUCGUGCUGAGGGCCUCCCACGGCCCACCAUGGAGUGGCAGAGAGACGGGCAGCCUCUGUCCUCUGGCAGGUACCAGCUACAGCCCGAUGGCUCCCUGGUCAUCAGCCCUGUGGCUGUGGAAGACGGCGGCUUCUAUGCCUGUGUCGCAUUCAACGGGCGGGACCGAGACCAGCGAUGGGUCCAGCUCAGAGUUCUGGGAGAGCUGACGAUCACAGGGCUGCCCUCUACUGUGAUGGUACCAGAGGGGGACACGGCCAGGCUGCUGUGUGUGGUGGCAGGAGAAAGUGUGAACGUCAGAUGGUCCAGGAAUGGGCUGCCGCUGCAGGCCAAUGGCCGUGUCCACCAGUCCCCAGACGGCACACUGCUGAUCCACAACCUCAGGGCCAGGGACGAGGGCUCCUACACGUGCAGUGCCUAUCGUGGAAGCCAGGCAGUCAGCCGCAGCACCGAGGUGAAGGUGGCCCCGCCAGCACAGGCCGGCCAGCCCAGGGGCCCCACCAGGGUGUGCACCGACCGCCCGGAGCUGGCUAACUGCGCUCUGGUCCUGCAGGCCCAGCUCUGUGGCAACGAGUACUACUCCAGCUUCUGCUGCUCCAGCUGCUCCCGCGCCCAGCCACACGCUCAGCCCAUCUGGCAGCAGGGAUGACAGCCACCUCCAGCCCCAGUUUUGAAGCAACUCCAGGGCUGGGGAGAAGGGGGAAUGGACUCGUCAUCUCCCGUCUCUGGCUGGCAAAGGGGGUUCUCUUCUGGAGACACUGGCCUAUUAACCCCAGCCCGUGUUGAGCCGCAGCCGCACUCAGUCCCCAGGAGUGUUUGUAUUUCUGACAAAACCACCGGUGGCUGCUGAGUUGUGAAGAAGAGGAAUCUGCUUAGAAAAGGCCACUCUUUACAACUUCCCUCUAUAAUUUCUGUCACAGGAUCAGUAAAGCAAGCUGUCAGGGU